UUCUCUGUCUGUUGCGAAAUUUCACCUCGCUGUUUUUUUUCUCGAAAUUUCGGUAUAUAUAUUCGGUCUAUUUCCCGCCGAAACUUAUCCUAAACGGAUAUGGUUUCUAGUUGAGUUCACUGGGAUCUUAGGUGAGUUUCCUGCCAUAGAUAGGGUUUUCGCUCUUGCAAUCUUUUUGACACAAGAAACCCUAACCCUAGAAAUGGGUUUUCAGUGUGCGUACUGUGAAUUUAGGUGAACCUUUUCUACACAGGGUUUUGGCUUCUGAUCGAGGCAAAAACCUUAGCCCUAACCCUAACCCUAAAAAUGGGCUUCAGAUGCGUUCACUGUGGAUUUGAGGUGAGGGCUCUGUUCAUCCAAUACUCUCCAGGAAACAUCCGCCUCACUAAAUGUGGGAGAUGCGGGGCAGUUGCAGAUGAGUACGUUGAGUGUGAAUACAUGAUUCUUCUAAUUGAUUUGAUUUUACACAAGGCUAAAGCUUAUCGCCAUUUGCUCUACAACUUUCCAAACAGAAAUGUUGUCAACUUAGAGGGAAUAUUGUGGAAGUCCGCUUUCUUUUUCUUAGUUAUAGAUACAUGCAGGGAAUUGGCUGUAAACAAAAUUCAAGAAGGUUUGGGAUCGUCGGCAAGUUCCUCAGCAUCACCUUGUACUUGUGGAAAGCUGUUGAUGAAUGUGUUUCUUGGGAAUUUCAUAUUUCUAGGUGCAUUGCUGCUUGGCACUAAGAUAUUGCAGAAGUCAUCUUCUGAAAUACUGAGAUUCAAGGAGGUUUUGUUGGCCAUAAUUGUUUCAAGCUACUUCAAGAUUUUUCUUAUUACCAUGAUGAUUUGGGAGUUUCCGUUGUCUGUGCUUUUCAUUAUCGAUUUGUUUGUUCUCUCGUCCAAUGCUGUGGCCUUAAAAGCCUGCGUAUGGUGCCCACACAGGCAGGCUUGCUUCAGGAGCCUUUCAUUUAGAUAUAUGGUCAAAGUAUUUUUGGUAAGGAUUGUGGUUGGUGGGGAGAAAUGAAUGAGAAUGGUUCUAGGGCCAUCCCAGCUCAUGAAUUGCUUGAUUUCGAUUGGAAGCUAAAAUGUGCUGUGUCUAGCAGCUCCAUGGAUAUGAUAAGCAAACCACUUCUCCGGCUAGAGCUGUUUGUAUCGAAGGAGCCUGGCAUGUUGAAGGAGCACAAGGGAACAACUGAAGCAGACAGAGAAACCGAUGCUUUGCUAGCCGAAUAUGACCGGGAUGAGCUUGAUAAAUUGAUAGCAGAAAUGGAAGGCAUAGAAAAGGUCCUUGACAAGGCAGUUUUGAACAAGUGAUAGCCCUACUUUCGUUGUUAACUUGCAUUGGGACGAUGUAUCAAGUGAUGAAACUUUUCACUGGCCCAUCGGCUACUUUAAUCCUCGAUGCAUGAUGGAAGCCAAUUUUGACGGUGUCUGAUACAUUUUCGGUUCAACACCUUGCAUAUGAGAUUCAUGCUGUUGGUGAGGUGCUAGCAAAUUGUAUAAAUCCCUUGCAUUUGGUGAAGACAUUCAGAAAAUUUAUUUUAUUUUAUUUUUUUCAUGAGCAUGUUUAUCAGAAUGAGAAUGGUUCAUCUACCAAAUUUGCGAAACCCCCUGAAAAUAAUAUUUUUUUGGGAGAUUUUGCA